AUGGCACCAGAAACCAUGAAAGCGGCCUUAUGCAAAGAGGAAGGUGACAACCUGAGCAUCGGGGGCGCGAUCAUAGUGGAAGAUGUCGAUGUACCCAAGCCUGGUUCGCGAGAGGUACUGAUCAAGCUAGCAGCCGCCUCUCUCUGCAGCACCGAUCUGAGUGUGAUGGACGGAAUGUUUGGACCAAAAUGUCUUCCAGUCAUUCUGGGCCAUGAGGCAGUUGGAGUAGUUGCAGAGUUGGGGCCAGAAAGUGAGAGUUAUGGCUUAAAGGUUGGGCAGCUCGUAGGGGCACCACCCUAUACGGGAAUGUGCUUGGAAUGUCACAACUGUAAGAAAUUUGGGCCGGAUCACUGCUCUGCUAAGAAGGUCAAAGGAAUCAAUGCUCCCGGAUACUUCUCUGAGUACAGCCUGAUCGAUGCGGCCAGUGCCGUGAUUGUCGCUGACGAUGCGACACGGGUUGAUGAUGUCGGGCGGAUUUCUCCGAUCUUUUGUGCCGGUGUAACUGUUUGGGACGCCCUUGAGCGCGCACAGAUUGAGCCAGGGCAAUCACUGGCAAUCCUCGGACUUGGUGGACUUGGUCAAUUGUGUGCAAGAUACGCCACCGCCCUGGGAGCAAAGGUGUUCGCUCUUGACAUCCAGGACGCGCAGCUGAAUGAAGUCCGCAACACUGUACAUGAGGUCAUCAAUAUGAAAGACCUCUCGCCUGCCGAGGUCGAUGCGAAGAUGAAACAAGUCAACAAUGAGCGUGGGGCCGAAGUUGCAAUCGUGACUGCUGGGUCGUCUAUGGCAUAUCAAAUGGCUCUCAGCAUUCUUGAACCACUGGGAAGAAUUGUGGUGGUUGGCCUCCCGAAAGAGCCGCUCUCGAUCUCUGCUGGCCAAAUGUCUGCGAAUUGUACCAAGUAA